GUUGGGAGCUAUCAAAGCACCUCAGGCACGAGUUUGACCUUGCAAGGAAGGUCAUCCACCAUCAAUUGGCCUUCUAGCAACCCUUCGCCAACCUGAGAUGGCCAGCAAAUUGUGUAGGAGCAGAGCGUUGGCUCAGGCUCUCCGACCGUCCUCUAAGCCAUGCGUCCCGGCUCCCCGAAACGAGGCUGCCGCGCGAUCUUUCUCGGCGACCGCUCGCGCUGGCAAUUAUAAAGUCCGUCUUCCCGCCGAUGUCAAGAAUAUGCGGACGGCAGAGCGCGAGAAGCUGGGCACGCUCGAGGCGCCCAUUAUCAAUCCUACCGACAAGUACCAGUCCAAAGCCGACAACCUGCACAGAUAUGGCGCCUGGUUGAUGGGCUCCCUGCCCAAGUACAUUCAGCAGUUCUCUGUAUGGAAGGACGAGCUUACCAUCUACAUCUCUCCGUCCGGUGUGAUACCGGUCUUCACCUUCCUCAAGUAUAACACUGCCGCCGAGUUCACCCAGGUCAGCGACAUCACUGCGUGCGAUUUCCCGACCCGCGAUCAACGCUUCGAAGUCGUCUACAACCUCCUCAGCGUGCGCCAUAAUGCGCGCAUCCGCGUCAAGACCUACGCCGACGAGGCCUCGCCCGUGCCCUCUAUAGUGAGCCUGUACCAGGGUGCCAACUGGUACGAGCGUGAGGUGUACGACCUGAUGGGUGUCUUCUUUGCGGGCCACCCUGAUCUGCGCCGCAUCAUGACCGAUUACGGCUUCGAGGGACACCCCCUGCGCAAGGACUUCCCGCUGACGGGAUACACCGAGAUCCGGUACGACGAGGAGAAGAAGAGGAUUGUGACGGAGCCGCUCGAGAUGACUCAGGCGUUCAGGAACUUUGAGGGUGGGUCGAGUGCAUGGGAGCAGGUGGGAACGGGUGUGGACAGGAAGCCUGAGAGCUUCAAGCUCCCUACGCCCAAGCCGGAGGAGAAGAAGGAGGAACCAAAGAAAUAGACAGACAUGGGAGUACUGGAUGUACAAGCUGUGCCAAUCAUAACGGAAUACUACAACUAUAUGGACGUCCCUAUCGCGAGUGAUUUGAUGGGCUACUGGACUCAGUCUCCAAAAUCUAGGUUACAUAGGAGAAGGAAUGUGGUCGUGGAG